AGUAUUUUCGCUAAAAAUCAGCCAUGAAAAUCUUAUUCAUUCUUUAUUUGCUAAAAUAAAAAAAAUAACAUUCAUUAAAAUUAUUCUAAAAAUAGUCUAUAGUUCGAGAAACCAUAGAAUUUUUAAAACAUAUAAUCUAAAGGACUAAACUCUUAGUGAUAAAUCGUAUUGUUGUGUCAACUGUGAAGUAAAGUGCACUAAACAAAAACACAAACAAUAUGAAUAGCUUAUUUACUAAAACGAUAAGAAAUAAUCAUUUAGGACGGGUUUUAGUUCCUUUAGCAGUUAUAGCAAAAUGUGAUAUUAUUCUACUACGACAAUUUUCAAAACAGGGAUCGAAACUCGCCAAAUUAGCUGAAGUAGGACGCUUGGAGUCAGUCAAACUAGAUGGAAAAUAUGAGACAGGCCAGUUAUUCCUACACCGCAUAUUUGGAUACCGUGGGGUUGUGCUUUUUCCAUGGUCUGCCCGAGUAUAUGAUCGAGAUCUACAUAACCACAGCAAGCAGAAACAAAGAAUAAGUGCUGAGAGGUCUUCCAACACUUCCAUUGCUACAGAAAAGAGUAAUCAAAGCGCAAAUGCUCAACCAUCAAUUACAACUGGACAAGGGAAAACAGAUGCACAUGCAACUAGCGGAGAUGAAAUUGCAAACUCAUCUGCCACUAGUGAUACGGACGCAUCUGCGAAAGAAGUGAAAGGCAAAGUUCACACAUUUUAUCAAGUAUUGAUCGAUUCCCGCGAUUGCCCUUACAUUCGCGCACAAACGGAGGCAGUAACAUUUUUAGGAAACCAGGAUUCCAAUCGCAGCCUGUAUGCUAUUCCAGGUCUUGAUUAUGUGGCACACGACGAUAUUAUGCCGUAUACGUCGGGAGAAAAACAUCCUCUUCAACAUGAACUCUUCGAUAAGUUUUUAACGCAUGUCCCAGGCAAAGAUCCACCAUUUGAGGGUCAAGAUACACUGAAAGCGUGGCAGGAAAAAAACCAUCCUUGGUUGGAAUUGAGCGAUGUACAUAAGGAAACUACAGAUAAUAUACGUGUAACUGUUAUACCUUUCUAUAUGGGUUGUCGGGAAACACCCGCUUCCUCGGUUUAUUGGUGGCGGUACUGCAUUCGUUUAGAAAAUUUAGGUGUGCUCAGCGUUCAAUUAAGAGAACGCCAUUGGCGAAUUUUCUCCCUAUCAGGCACUUUAGAGACGGUACGUGGACGAGGCGUUGUUGGACAAGAACCAAUACUUAGCCCACGUCUGCCGGCUUUUCAAUACAGCAGUCACGUCAGCCUGCAAGCCCCUAGCGGUCACAUGUGGGGUACAUUUCGGUUAGAGCGUGAAGACGGUCAUACUUUUGAUUGUAAAAUACCUCCUUUUUCUCUUGAAAGUAAACCCGAGGAACCCGGUACUGGGCUUUCAUCCAGUACUGGAACGAAUAGUGGUGGCAAUGUUGGUGGUAAUAAGCCGGACAAUGUAAAAUAAUAUAAAUUUCUGUACAUGUACAUAUAUCAUAUAAUUUGUUAUUCUAACAUACGAUGUAAACAUAUGGGACAGAUGCAUGGUACAGAUUGACAUAGCUUAAUUUUGGGAAAACAAGUUGAAAAGAUUAGUAAGAUUAAGUAGUCCACAUUUAGUGCAUAAAUUAUUUCCCAAUGACAAAAUGUUUGUGUAUAAUAUAAUAUAUAUAACGCCAUUUUAAACAAUUUGGAAAAUAAAUUUCAAAGAUUUUGUUUGUUGAACCCAGA